AUGUUACUUCAUCAAUAUUCAAAAGGAGAUUUACAAACAUUAUAUACUAAACAAAAAUAUAUUUCAUAUGUAUCAACAUAUGAAACGGUAAUUUUACUUUUAUUUAAUAAACGUUCAAGUUGGACUGUUGAGCAAAUACAAGAUGAAACACAAAUCGACAUUCGUUUAUUCUUACAAGUUCUUUGUAAUUUAUUGAAAAGUAAAUUGAUUACAUGUUCAGAUAUUAAUGAUAAUAAACUUGAAGAAAAUUUAAAUGAAAAUGAUAUUAAAAUGAAUUAUAAUAUUCAUAUAGCAAAUGAUUUUAACAGGUCAAAUUAUUAUGAUGAUGCUGUUGGCGGUAAUGGUGCUGCUGUUGGCGAUGAUGGUCCUGCUGUUGAUGGUGCUUUAUUUCCAGAUCCAAUUGGUGACAUUUUCACGGAUGAUUCAUCAGGAUCGUCAGCAUCAUCAUUUAUAACACUGUUUUUAUCAUCAUCAUCAUCAUCACCAUCAGCAAGAGGAACGUUUUCAGGACGAUACAUUCUUUUGUCAGUUGCAAUCAGUGUUUGUAUUAUUGGUAUAUAUGUUUCAUAUGUCGAAAAUAAUGGACGUGCUGAAAUUAGUAAAACAAAAGAUCAACAAGCUGAAGAAUUUAAAAAACCAAUGGAAGGAAAAUUACAAAAACUUGAAUCAGCGAAAGAAAAUCUGAAACAUGUAUUACAGGCUAAUGUUGAAAAAACUAAAGCACCAAUUGAAAAAGAUUUAGCUAAUGUUCAACAAAAUUUAGCUAAACUUGAAGAAGAUCGACAAGUAUUACAAGAAAAAAUUGUUCAGGAAUUAAAUACAGCUGAACUAGAACAAUUAGAUCGUUUAAUAGAAAUAUUAGAUCAACUAAAGAAAUCAUUAAAUGAAUAUUAA